AUCUUCCCGCACGGCUCUCAGAUGCUCAUUCGCGUAUUCGACUCUGCACAUCUUAACGACGCGCACCCCAUCAUAAAGCUGAUAUGUGUGCGUGUUGCAGAGAUUCUGAACCCCGCAAGCGUGGAGUAUUUCUGUCGAACGCGCUCGGAGAGGUUUCACCUUCCGUGGGAGGAUUUUUCACCCGAAGGCCCGAAACGCGAUGGAGAUUGGGCAUAUCUUGAGCAGAGUUUCAAUAAGGGAGAAGCGUUACGCGAGAAGAGCGGCGAGGAGUGUGUCAUGGGAGACACGUUCUCGUAUGCGGACAUCAUCGUGGCAAGUCGACUGUUCUGGUACAAGCGCGUCUUGAAGGAGGAUGAGUGGGCGAGAAUUAGCUCUUGGAAUGGAGGGAAAUGGGCAAAGGUGCUGGAUAAGAUUCAGCAGGAAUGUCACCUGGCGUGA